AUGCGCACCCCGGAAGCGACUGAGUUUCCAAUGCAAGCAGCGCUGAUCCCGGGCGGGUAUGCGCCGCCGCUGCUGGUGCCGACGACGACCGACGCCAUGGAUGCGAUGUUUGCGACGCUGCGUCUCUCGUUCCACGCCGGACUCACGCGGCCGUUGGCAGCGCGCCGGAACCAGCUCCAGCAGCUCCGCUUGCUCCUCACGGACGGUCUCAGGACGCUGCAAAACGCGCUGCUGGCGGAUCUGCACCUGCACCCGAAUGAAGUCUUUCUGACCCAAGUCGCAGCCUGCCUCAGCACAAUCCAAGACCACCUUGACCACCUCGCUUCCUGGGUGGCGCCGCACCGCGUGAGCACCAACUUUUUCAACAUGCCCGGGUCGUCGUACGUGUGCAAGGACCCACUUGGUAUUUGCUGCCUCGUGGGUACGUGGCGCAGCCCGAUCGCGUCGAUGCUCUUGCCGCUCGUGGCGUGCCUUGCCGCCGGCAACUGUGCCCUGCUGCGACUGCCAUUGGACGGCACCACCAACCACACGAACGCAGCUUUGGCGUUUCUCGUCGACAAGUACAUGGACCCGAGUAUCGUGCGCUUUGUCUCGGGCGGUCAUGCGACGACCAGCGUGCUGCUCACGCAUGCGAUCGAUCUGGUGCUGUGCGACGGCGUCGAAGUCUUGGAGCAGAGAAUGAUCGCCAAGGGCGCUGCCGAGACACUUACGCCCGUGGUGCUUGGACGCGGCGGCAAGUCGCCCGCCAUCGUGCACUCUGACGCGCACCUCGCGACAACCGCACCUCGGUUGGUCUGGGGCGCGUUCCUACACGCCGGACAGUGCCUCUCUCGACCCGACUACAUCCUCGUCGACGCAACGAUUGGCCCCAAGUUUGUCGCGGCCCUUCGCGACGCCAUCGUCGACGCCUUUGGCGCUGUGCCCGAAGCCUCGGGCUUCUUCGGGCGCCUUGUCAACGACGCGCAGUUUGACCGCCUCGACCGACUCUUUGAAGCCGACCGGCCGUUCCUCGUGCAUGGCGGCGCUUGCGACCGGGCUGAGCGCUUCUACGCGCCAUCGGUGUUUGACUUUGCGGAUGACACGCGGGCGUUUGAGACGAGCGCGUGCAUGCAAGAGGUCGGACCGAUCGUCGGACCGCUGUUGCUUGUUGCCUACUACAACGACCUCGACCAGGUGCUCGCCCGUCUCCGAGCCUACCCGACGCCGCGCGCCCUCUAUCUGUUUACGCAGAGCCGCCACGUCAAGCAGCUCGUGGUGGCCAACGCGGUCGCUGGAGCCAUGUGUGUCAACGACACGGUUGUGCAGGAGACGAGUCGCCAUCUCCACCGCUUUGCAGCCAUGUUUUCGCAAACCAAGUGCGUGUUGUACAAGUCGAGCUACUUUGACGUGGUCCAGCGCUACCCGCCGUACACGCCCACGCGCCAGCGGCUGCUGCGCGCCUCGCUGCGCCCCGUUCCGCGUAUGACGUGGAUUGUACUGUGGAUCAGCGUCGCCGUAGUCGUGCUGGUGGUCGCUCUCGUGCUCGGCCUCGUGCUCUAA